UCACUCACAUUUAAGCCAGCAUUUAACCUCCGAACAUUCUUACCUAUAAGUCAUUUUCCAAGGACUCAUAUCACCACCGACACCGACAGACGCCAACAGCACCACUACUUUGAAAACAACCCUGCACUUCCCUCCUCCAUUUUUCACCGGAGGUGGAUCUCCAUAGAUGCCGUCAACAUUCAAACUCAUUCCACAACAAAAAGGUUUGACGCUAUGCCCGGACCUCCUCCCGUAGGUUUGUGUUAAUCAAGAACAUACCACAAAGGAGAGCAUAGAUCUGAUGAUGGCUCCAGAAAGGGAUAAUUUUGAGGUUUCAGGCCCCUUACAUUUGACUACUAUUGACUGGACCGAUGUGGAUCACCGAAGGUCCGUCGCUGCAUCCAUGGUUCAAGGCGUUUACGUCAUGCAGCGUGACCUCCAGGAAAACCGUCAAGGAUCAGAGGCUCUCGCUCCUCCAUGGUGGAACUUCUUCCAUUUCGAGUUACACAGUCAUCUCAUAGACGAUGCUGAUUCUUCCAUCUUUGGUGCGAUCUACAAAUCCAAACCCAACCCAUCAUCAACACCCUCAACCCCAUCUCAUAUCAUAGCUUUCAGAGGCACAGUAACCAAAGGCGAUGCAUUCUCUCGAGACCUGCAACUCGAUCUCCACUUUGUCCAAAACGUGUUACAUCAGUCAUCAAGAUUCCAAAUCGCCAUUCAAGCUGUGAGAAACUUGGUCGCUUCCGGUAAUCAAAACUUCUGGUUAACCGGUCAUUCUCUCGGAUCCGCCAUGGCCAUGCUUGCGGGGAAGAACAUGGUAAAAAACGGGAUUUUCCUGGAAUCACAUCUUUUCAACCCGCCAUUUGUUUCGGCUCCAAUCGAGAACAUCAAGAACAAGAAAGUGAAACAUGGGCUCAGAAUCGCUAGCAGUUUUGUGACAGCUGGACUUGCUGUUGCAGUGAAGAUUAAAAACAACAAUCAACAAAGAAACAUUCCGUUUGCUGAUUUGGCAGCGUGGGUCCCGUGUUUGUAUGUGAAUCCAGGGGAUCAUAUCUGCUCGGAGUAUAUCGGGUAUUUUAGACAUCGGAGAAAGAUGGAGAAGAUGGGUGUGGGAGUGGUAGAACGGUUGGCAUCACAGCAUUCGAUUGGGGGGAUUUUCAUGGAUGCAAUUGGGAAGGAAUCACAUGAUCCGCUUCACCUUCUUCCCUCUGCAAAUUUAACAGUGAACUUGAGUCGUGCACGUGAUUUGAAGGAAGCUCAUGGGGUUCACCAGUGGUGGAGGCAUGAUCAGCAGCUGGAAUCCAGAACCUACAGAGGUUAAUUAUGGGGAAUGUUUUGACUAUUUCUGGUCAAACAUAUAGCAUAUUCUAUAUGGUAUUUGGAGUGACCUUUGUAUAGUUUGAUAAUGGAUGUGCACAAAUUGCUACUUAAAGCAUUGAACAACUGGUUAUUAAUGUAAGCCCGUUUUGAAUUU